AUGGCCGUUUUGAUCGUACGUCGAGGUCAGCUGUUGGACGCGGUGGAGUGCGGGGGCUACGAGGCCAAGCUGCACGCCGUAGACGAUGAUGGCGACGUCGAGCUUGUCGACCCCGAAGUGAAGGCAGCCAAGAUGAGAGCGGCGAUCAAAAGCGCUAGGAAGGUAUUCUUGUUGAGCCUGGUGUUCUCCUUGCCAUUGAUGGCGGUUAGCAUGGGCUUCCGGAGCAAGGCUAAAGGAGGUCUGAGCGAAGUCCUAUUCACUGAAGUGGCGCCCGGCCUGUCGGUGCGGUCAAUCAUCGAGUGGGUCUUGGCUACGCCUGUUCAGUUCGGCUGCGGCGCGAGGUUUUACAGGUCGGCGGCGAAGGAUCUGCGCAACAGGGCCCUCGGCAUGAACUUCUUGGUUGCGGGAGGCACGACGGCCGCCUACCUCUACAGCGUCGUCCUCGUCCUCCUCGCCGUCUCCACCGCUCAGGCUAGCCCUCACCUGCCGGUUAUUCACCCCCAUAUUUUCUCCCAGGCGCACUCGGCGAUGCUCUUCUUUGAAACGUCGGGUGUCCUGAUUUCGUUCGUGCUUCUCGGGAAGUGGCUGGAGCUGAUGGCCAGGGGGAAGGCUUCGAACGCGGUCGGGAAGCUCCUGGAUCUCCGUGCGGACCGGGCCGUGCUCGUCUCCGACUGGCCGUUGUGCGAGCUCUCGGGCGAGAAGGACGAGGACGCUUCUGCUUUGGUCGUGGGGGACGUGGUCAAGGUCGUCAGGGGCGCCAAGGACGACGAAGUAGUUGAGUUUUUGUUUCUCGUCAUUUUUUUGCGCCCGUUCUUGACCCGAUUUAAGGUGCCGGCCGACGGCGUGGUGUUGCGAGGUAACGCUGCCGUGGACGAGAGCAUGGUCACAGGAGAGUCCAUGCCGGUCCACAAAGAAGAGGGGUCGGAGGUCAUCGGUGCGACGGUGUGCAGCGAGGGUUUGGUGUACGUCAGGGUCACCCGCACAGGGAAAGCCUCCGCUUUGCACCAGAUCGUCAGGCUUGUCGAGCAGGCACAGGGAUCGAAGGCGCCCAUCCAAGCGGUCGGCGACCGUGUUGCGGCCGUGUUUGUGCCAUGCGUGGUGUGCCUCUCGCUGCUUACCCUCGUCGUCUGGCUUGCGCUAACCAUGUCCGGAGCGGUUCCUAGGCACUGGUACCGGGACCAGCCCGGGAGCCCAGGACCCGCGCUGUUCUCGUUUAUGUUCUCUCUCGCCGUGAUGGUAAUCGCGUGCCCCUGUGCCGUGGGGCUGGCAGCCCCUACUGCCAUUCUGGUGGGCACGGGAGUGGCGGCGAGGCACGGCGUUCUCGUGAAGGGGGGAGCCGCGCUGGAGCGAGUGAGCGAGCUCAAGAGGGUCGUGUUCGACAAGACGGGCACCCUGACCAUGGGAAAGCCGAGGGUGACUGAAGUAGCCUACGUUCAAUCCAAUGGCCUCACCGAGGCCCUGUCCAAGCAGAAGGGAGGGGACGGCGACAGCUUAUCCCCCGGUGGAGGUCUCGGCCUCCUCCCUCCUGCCCAAGAGGUGCUCCGUCUCGUCGCCAGCGCGGAGCGGGGUAGCGAACACCCCCUUGCAAAGGCCAUUGUAGAAUUCCACUCAUCGGCGUUCCCCCAGGCAGAGGGGAACGAUUCAGAGCGCCCCCGGGCUGGUCGGCUGGAGAUGCCGGAGGAUGGGAGCACGGCCGCGGUGUCCGGCAAGGGCCUCUCCUGCACAGUCCGAGGCCUCAAGGCGAGAAGAGAGCGACAAAAUCCCCUGCGUCCCUACCUACCCGUGCAUCUCCUUUUGUCGCCCUCGAAAUCCCCUCCCUCGAAAAGUGCUGAACACCCCGUUCCUACCCUGCUUGUUCUGUUCGUUUGGGUUUUGUCCGGGUUGUUUAAGAGCUCCGGACGGACCGUGGUGAUUACCGCCAUCGAACGCCACGUGGCCGGUGUCUUCGGGCUGGUGGACACCCUCCGUCCUGAGGCGAAGGGGGUCGUUUCCGAGCUCACGGGUAUGGGUCUCGAGGUGUGGAUGCUGACGGGCGACAACCGGCGGGCAGCCCACGAGGUGGCGAGGAGGGCAGGAAUACCGCCGCACCGCGUCUGCGCCGAGGUGCUUCCCGGGGACAAGGCUUCCAAGAUCGAGGAGCUCCAGGAGGAUGGAAAGGCGGUCGCGAUGAUCGGGGACGGAAUCAACGAUGCACCGGCGCUCGCAACAGCGGACGUGGGCAUAGCCGUCGGCGGUGGGACAGACGUGGCCGUCGAGUCGGCGGAUGUGGUUUUGAUGGGAUCGAGCAUUUGGGAUGUCUUCACCUCGCUCGACCUCUGCCGGACCAUCCUUGCUCGGGUCCGCUACAACUACUUCUGGGCCCUCUUGUGA